AAGCAGAUUAGUAAAUUACUUGACAACAGAGCAGCCUGUGGAUCUACCAACAACAUUUGCUCAAUUUUAAAGAAGCAAACUUAGCAAGAACUUUAUGAUGGCAACCACUACUGCACCUCCAUCUUAUGGGGAUACCUCUCCCUUGCCAGCAGGAAUAAGAACAAUAUCAACUUUCCCAGAUUUGCUCAUGAUAUUUGAGUUUGUUUUUGGUGGCUUAGUGUGGAUUUUGAUAGCUGCCACUACAUUGCCGAAUACAGGAGAGCCGCAAGGAUGGGUUAUGUUUGUGUCCAUUGCUUGUUUCCUGUUUACAUUUAUCCUUAUGAUACUGUACUGCAUAGGAGCACAUGGAGGAAGUUCCUCAUGGACAUCAAUGGAUGCCUUCUAUCACUGUAUCGCUGCUUUGCUCUACCUAAGUGCCUCAGUAAUACAAUCCUAUUUUACUAAAUUACUUGUUGUCGUGGGAGGACGGAUAUACCAACUAAACAUUGCUGCUGUGGUGUUUGCAUAUCUUGCAACAUUGUCAUAUGUUAUUCAUGCAGCCUUUUCACUGAAGAGAUGGAAGAGAUCUGGUUAAAUCUACAAUUAUUGUAAGAUCAGAGGACCACAUGGAAUGUUAACAAUGUUCAUCUACGACAUGACCUAGAUGAUGAAUUUAUACUAUGUUUAUUUUGGGGGGAAAUGUUUAUUUUUAUGUUGAUGACUCAAUGAUGUUCACCUUUUAGUAAUAAAUAAUUUGUACCAAAACAGUUCCAACAAGCAAUUGCUUGUUCUACUUACAGCAUUUACUUUCCAUGAACCAUCUUUAUGAGUUAUCACUGAACAUGCAACAUAAUGUGAUGUUUAGGCCUUUUAUCAGAUUGGGAAAUGGCAUGUGUUCAGUGAUGACAUGACAUAUAAAUAGGUCUGAGCAGUUGAAUAUGCAUUUUUAAGUUAAUUUGCAAAAAUAGUUUUUAUGUACUCAUUGUCCUUUUACUUAUUGCAUGCUUACAAACUGAAGGCCUAGUCAGGCUUCACACUUUAUUUUAUGUUCCUUUUUCAAUUUAUUGUUUUCAGAUUGUACCAAAGUAUUAUUUAUGUUGCCAUUUUUGCCAAAUAUUCUACUUCCAACUACAUUAAAUAUUCUUCUAAAACAAAGUGUUAAUGACAUUUUACAAACAUGGUGUUUCAAAUAUAUUGUUGGUGUAUACCAGUCGCUCACAUGCUUCAAGCUUUGUUAGAACAAACCACAUUUUAGAUUUAUUUGUGUUAUUUAAUGAUUGGUAUGCCAACCUACAUAUAUCAUAGACUUAGUUUGUACAUUGAAUUCUGCUCAAAAUAGUUUCCACUUUCUUUACCUUUUAUUGUGUUAAAAUAAAUUGUAUUCUUUUCCUAA